AUAAGAGUGCUGGCAGGUGGGGAACAGCAUCAAAUCACAAACUGCAAUCGCUACACAAGCACCUCAAGUCCUCAAGGAAAAUCAAAGCAAACAACAUGUUCAAGCUGCUGGUUGUCGUUUUCGCUGCCCUCUUCGCCGCUGCUCUGGCUGUGCCCGCUCCAGUUGCCCGUGCCAAUCCCGCUCCAAUCCCGAUUGCCAGCCCCGAGCCCGCCCCCCAGUUCUACUACGGAGCUAGCCCAUACGCCUACUCCGGAGGAUACUACGCUUCGCCCUACUCCUACUACGGCUAAGUGCCGUGAACCAUGCAUUGCAAUGCAAACCGACAAACGACUCGUGAUUAUGCAUCUGAAUACGGAUUACUGAUAUGCGCGUGCUGGCAAAUCAAAUUAGUCAUAAGUGCUUGAAAAAUGCAAAAAAAAAAUACAAAAAUUGAGCAAAUAAAAUGUUGAAGAGCAAA